AUGCAGAAAUGUCUCGUUUCGGACCCGCUGCAAAUGCACACGACCGCCUGCCCAGCUCGAUUCUGGACUUUCUUCGACCUCUCCGCCAAAGGAGGGUCACGCAGCAACGAGAAGGAGCGUUCCGAAUCCAAGGACAUCGUCCCGUCCUCAUUCCCCAACUCGGAUCUCGACGACGUCUCGAAAUCACCGACGUUUUCGAACGCGGCUGAAACAUUCUCACCGUACGGCAACGAAUGCCAGUUCGACUUGAGAUCGACGCCGAUGAAUUGCCUGAGAGUUCACAGGCCGCUGAAGGAAGAAAGCUUGGCCUCUCUGCUGGAUGGACAGCCGGUGCCGAUGAUGCUGAAGUGGAAGCUGAAAGGAUACAAAACGCUUCGAAACGAGAACGCCAUCGACUUUGCCUUCGUGCCCGGUGGAAAGUCCCACGAGGACUUUGACAUUCUGCCGCGAAACGAACGUCGAACGAAAGUGACGGACAAUCUCGGCGAUACGGCGGAACGACUUCACGAGAGUCUCACUGUUUGUAAAAAGACCGUAGAUGACGAUGAAAAGGUCACGUUGCGCUUGACGACGAAGGCUAUAGAGAACAAAGUUGAAACGGAAGCCGAAGACACUGAGAAAAACAAAAUUGUUGAGAAUGAUAACGAUUCAAAGAGGGACGAAUCGCGAAACGUCCCCAAUCAGAAUUUACUUCUAAGCGCCAGCGUCAGGAAAGAAAGUGUCAAGUACCUUCCAAUAUCGAAGUCGGAAUUGAAAUAUCAGACGCAACCAGCGGCUCGGUUCUCCUCUCGGCCGCCAAAGAAAGUCUGGAAACCCAGCGCGCCGAUAUUGAAGCGAACAGAUUGCGAGAGGCUCGAUAAAGAGGCUGCAUCGAUGGAGUUCGACGAGGAGAAACGAGCAGCCUCCAAACCGUCGAUCCCCAGAUUCACCGAACUUACUGAGAACUCCACGGAAUGGUCCUCUGUGGGGAGCCAAAGGAAUCAAGAAUAUCCGAUUGAACGCGAGAUGAAGACGAAAGUUUUCAACAGUUUCGAAUCGUCUGCAGAAGCGUCCUCGCAGAAUGAACCAAACGAGUUCGAAAGGUCACGUUCGAGGGAUGUUUCCAGCACAGAAUCCCCUGGAGAAGAUCUCGACAGAGUUGAAACAGACGAGAUACCGUUUGAACCGCGAUCGUCGUCCAUGUACUUCGCCCCGAGAGCUUCGAAACGAAGAUCAUUGACCACCGAGGGUGUGACUUUGGAGCCGAUAAUUGGAACAGAGAGAACGACGCCGCGAUUGAACAUAACCAGACCAGACGAGAGUCGCGUCAAUAGUUCGCCCUGCGCGGCAACGCUAGCGAGACUGCGACAGAUCAAAUGGAACAGGAGCGCUUCGAGUUCGCGAAUGGACACGUUCGGCAAUGGUAAAUCGCAGUCCAUGCCUGGCAACUCGGACGGAGGUUCUCGGAAACCGCCAGCCUCGUUUCCGCCGGUCACCGCCAAAAGAUCUUCCUCGUACGCCUCUUGUUUAUUGGGGAAAACGCCGGCCUCGAAGGCAGCCGGCAGUUCACCGAACUCGAAGAACUCGUCCUUGAACAUCUCGACUUGCAGCGCGAAUCCAGCGAGAAAGUGUCGCGAUGAGAAUGACGAAUGCUCGGGGCCUAGAAGGAAGAAGCGCGAGCAAGAGAGACCGUGCAACAGGGAUAAGGAAACUUGCAAGCGAUAUUGUUGUCCUGCGUUGCAAACGCCGACCAAGUGCGACUACGACAGAUUCCAGUGUCCUAAGGACACGUGUGGCCAGUCGGUACAACCGCGCCAAGUGACGAGAGACCGUACGUUUUCACCGAAUGACGAGUGCAAGGACCAGGGGAGAGAGUUUUGCACGACUCCGAGGAAGCGCGAGGACUGCAGUCGGAGUUGCAGCAGGGAGAGAUCGAGGCCGUGCUCGGAAAGAAGAAGAUCCUGCCAACGGGAGUAUUCUGAGCAAGAGGAUCGUUCCCAGGAACGUGUUCGCAAGAUCUGCACGAAGCCACGAAAACUGGACAGUUCUUGCAAACGUCAACGGAAGUCCAACGAUCGCGAGUGUAGCAGAUCGACGAAAUGCAACGGAAGAAGGAACUACACGCAGUCCGCGAUCUCGAGUCGUUGCAAAGUUACGAGAAACGUUAAACAUUAUUCUUCCGCGCCAUUGUUCGUCUCCCAUCUGAUCGCGAGGGAGAACCUGUUCGUUUCGCCGCCGAUUUACCAUCCGCCGAUUCGUUCGAAAAGCGACGACAAAUCGUCGAGGCCGUCGUCGAAGUGCAAGCUGACCGUCGACAAGUGCAAAAAGGAGGAGCCUUGCAGGAAGAAGAAAGAUCCUUGCAUGGAGACGAGAGGUACUUGCAAGAAGAAGGAAGAUCCUUGUAAGAGGAAGAAAAGGCCGAGCUGCAAAAAGGAGGAUCCGUGCAAGAAAACGAGGCCCACUUGUAAAAAAGAAGAGACCUGCGGUCCAGAGGUGAAGAGAGUUGACGAUCCUUGCAAGAAAACUAGGUCAAUGACCAAGAUGGACGAUGACUCGUGCAAGAAAAGUUCCAAAUCCAAAACUGACGACAGGUUGAAGUGUAGCGCUACGACAGAGGACACGUGCUCUACGAAGAGAGAGAGAAUGUGCCAAGAGAAAAAGAUGGCAUUCACCGCGAAGGACUCAUCCGAAUCGGUGGCAGACAAGAUAGAAAGAGAACGAAAAGAGGUGGAGGACUGCAAGAAGCACAUCAACAGCAGAAAGAAAGUAAAAGAGACAAAGGAAGCGGUUGCGCCUGGUUUAGAGCGUGUCAUCAGCCCUUGCAAACAACAGCUGAAGGACAAAAAGACAAAGUUCACGUCCAUUAAACUUCCCCUGAAAAACUUCGUGAACAGUGUAUCGGACACGUGCACGAGACAAGCCGGCAAUUUGCUAAACCUUUCGUCGGAUCGACUGUAUUCCGCCGUACGAAGCAGCAAUUCUGACGAAAUCAAUAGGGAAACGAAUCCUCCGGGCUCCAUCAGGAACUUUUGGUCAUUCAACGAGGGUGAUGUGGAAGAAAUACCUAUACCUUUGAUAGAUAACCAAGAUAACGGACUAGAAGAUGGACCAAACUGGUUUCUCCCGUGGUUCACGAAUUAUUAACAUUGAGGAAUUCUUGAUUUCUCGAGAAGGCAAGAAGGCAUGCCAUUUAUUCUUCAAUUCAUGUUAUUUUUGUCUGUACGUUGUUUCAGAG